GCUGGUGCUGCUCUCCCCCGGGCCCCUAAUCACAACAAGAAGACGCCCCCUGGGGGUGGGCCCACUGAAAUUCCUGGAGGCGAUGCAGCACUAAUUAACCUGACUUACUGCGGUACCUCGACACCUGCCGACUCCAGAAUUCCAACAUCUCGAAGCAUACUGGAGCCUCUCAUUCUAACCUGGGUUAGUAUACUACAGUCUGGUCCCGCUCUCACAUCAACUGUCCCGGGCGCUCUACUAUUCAGGAGCCCGACAGUAGCCAGCCAGUGACCAAAUGCGUCGCGCAGCCCAGGGAGCCUUUCGGACAUCCUGUCAAAGCCCUGUCCGGCAACUUUCCAUAUCGAGAAAUACCAACACAAACAUAAACAUCUUGCGCGCGCGACCGGCUAGUCUGGCCGCCCACCAGCAGCACGGCUUCGUCAGCAACAACUCCAGACUUGCUCAGCUUCGAUCGCUGAGCAGCACGUCGACAGCUUUCGCCUCCAAGCGAGCCCCCACCUCCGCCCUAUCUCAGCAGGACCAGCAGCAGCCACAACAACAACAACAUGCUCUGAGAGAACCUCUCCAGGCCUCCAUGUACUUCAGAAGAGUCUCCGUGGCUCUCGUCGGCGGCCUCGUCGGCUACGGCGCUUGGUACGGCUACAAGGGCAACGAUACAGAAUCAGCCAUAGCCCAAUACUCGACCUCGACCAGAGCGGGUCCCCAGCAUCCCGCCACCACCCGCAACGUCCUAGUCGUCGGAGCCGAUGAGCUGCAUACCGGAACCUUUGUAGGCGAAGGACCCAUCGCCAAGACCGCAGACGGCACAGGCAACAACGUACUGGAGAUGUUGACCCCCGACCAAGCCACGGACAAGUUGCGCGACAAUGAGGCCUCCUUCGUCGUCAACCGAGGACAGGGCGUCCUGCGAUACGAUAUUGUACAGCUAGCCAGCAACAACCCCAUCGAGGACGAUCAUGCCGAGAAGAUCGUCGAGGUCUCGAUGCCCUCGCCGGACGCAGCAGAACAAGAGAGCAACGACUGGAUGUUCUGGGGAGUGUUUGACGGUCAUGCUGGAUGGACGACUUCUGCCAAGCUCCGCCAAACCCUCAUCAGCUACGUCGCUCGAGAGCUGAACACUACGUACAAGGCCGCCAACACCCUUGGCUCCGCCCCGUCCCCAGAAGCCAUCGAGGCAGCCAUGAAGCUCGGCUUCACGAGGCUGGACCACGAGAUCGUCCACGAGAGUGUCGAAAAGGUCCUGAAGUCCAACUCCAAGCGCGUGGCAGCCGAGCUCUUGGGGCCUGCCUUGUCGGGCUCUUGCGCCCUACUGUCCUUCUACGAUAGUGCUUCCAAGACUCUGCGAGUUGCCUGCACUGGCGAUUCCCGCGCUGUGCUGGGUCGCCGCAGCGGUUCAAAGUGGACCGCCACCGCCCUGUCCGAGGACCAGACUGGUAGCAACCCCAACGAGGUAGCCCGCAUGCGCAAGGCUCACCCUGGCGAGGAGCAACAUGUUGUGCGCAAUGGCCGUGUGCUGGGCGGUCUCGAGCCGACCCGUGCCUUUGGCGACGCCAGCUACAAGUGGACUCGCGAAAUCUCAGAACGCCUUCGCUCCUCAUUCUUCGGCCGCUCGCAGUCCCCCUACCUCAAGACACCCCCUUACGUGACCGCCGAGCCCGUAGUUACCUCUACCAAGAUCCAGCCUGAGAAGGGCGACUUCGUCGUCAUGGCAACCGACGGCCUCUGGGAGAUGCUGACCAAUGAGGAGGUCGUGGGAUUAGUUGGCAAGUGGAUCGAAAGCGAGCAGGCCAAGGAUCAAUCCAGAUCGCAGUUCAACAGCGUCUGGUCAAAGAUCUUUGGCUCGCAAGGACAGGGUAAUCUGCCCGUCGAGGCACACAAGCGUGGCCAGGGAGACGACGGCCAGAAGACUCCUAUACGUCAACAACAAUGGGGACUCACGGCUGAAGAGAAAGACAGAUUCGUCGUCAAGGACAAGAACGUCGCCACGCAUCUGAUUCGAAAUGCACUAGGUGGAAGGAAUGAGGAGCAGGUUUGCGCACUGCUCACGUUGGUCUCGCCGUUCUCGAGACGGUACCGUGAUGACUUGACCGUCCAGGUCAUCUUCUUUGGCAACGGCCAGAAGACCGGCGAGGUCCUCAUGAACCAGGAAGCAACAACCCUGCCGAAGGGAGCCCUAAAGGCAAAGUUGUAAAUCAAUAUCAAUCGUCCAGAGUUGACAGCAGCGUCGAUCACGAGAGACCCUUCACUCUCACGAUUUACCAUGUAUCAUUACACCUCAGGAACAAGGCAAGGGCAGCGGCAAUAGCAGCGGCAGCAGCAGCAGCAGUAGCAGAGCGUUAAUUUCAUUUAGAAGUAUGACAAUGUACUAGAAUAUCCGGAGAUGGGAGAAUCAAGAUGAAACUUUCCGUCCA